GACUCAGACUUUAAAAAUUGCUGAAUCAACAUUUACAACUAAUGCUGAAUCAACAUUUACAACUAAUGCUGAAUCAACAUUUACAAAGCAUGCUGAUAGUGAUGAUGAACAUUUUUCCAAGAAAGGCAGAAAAAAGCUUAAGGAAAUGAGAAGGAAAAAAAAUAAAAAGGAAAGAGUAACUGAUAAAUCCAAUGCAGACAGUGAGAAUCAUCACAGUUCACCAGUAAAGAAACUCAGGAAAGAGGCACAGCGUGAAGAGAAAGUUAAUAUUGAAAUGGAUAAUAAUAAUAAUAAACAAAGGGCAGACGCAAAAGCUCAUAGUAUUCAUAAGGUUAAAGUAAUAAAAAUGAAUAAAAAAAUUGAGAUGAGCAGCCUACUGGGAAAGAGUGGUAGGAAGCGAAAACUCUCAACUUCAGAAGAUAGGGUCACUUUAGGUGGUAAUAAAGCAAAAAAGUUUAAAAGUGAUAAAAAUGUAGCUAAAUCUGAACUGGGGACCAAAACAAAUGGAGACAGUAUAGUUGGUAGCAAAGUAAAACAUGAAAAAAGUGGGUCUCAGUUUGAUGUCAACAGCGCUCCUGAAGGGGCUACAAAGCCAAAGAGAAAAAGGAAAAAGAAAAAUACCAGCCUAAAGAAUAAAGAAAAGCAGCUUGCUCUGAAAUCCAAAAUCAAACCAUCCUUAGCUGUCAUCCCAAAGAAUAGUGAAUUGAAUAAACCCUGUGAUCUUGAUAGUGCAAAGGAACGUGACCAAAAUAAGAUUAAUGAAACAAGUAUAACAAGCAAUGCUUCACAAAGGCAGGAAAUUUUAACAAAGGAAUCAUUUAAGAAAGGCAAACUUGUUGCUUCUGGCAAUCAAAAGAGUGAUAGGUCUUUAAACGGUGUGCUAAAAAAAUAUGACAUUGAAUCCAAUAACAAAGCUGUAAUGAAGAAAUCAAAAGCUGAAAUUCAUGAACUUCAUUCAACUAAACAACUGUUAAAGAAGAAAAACAAAGAAAAGAAGUCAAAGAGUAAGAAGGAAAGGGGGAGCUCAAACCUGUCUUUAAGUGAUCAACAAACGAAUUACCCAAAGUCAACAAAAUUAGAACCUCAAAAGUUGAAACAAAGUGAAGAAAUGAGCAAUGCAAUUAAGAAUACUGGAGUAGACAUUAUUUCUAAGAAAGACGAACGAAAGAUUAAAUUAUCAUCAACUGUUCCUUUUGAUCAGUCUGACCGGAAAAAUAGAAACCAGAAUAAUAAAGACGUUGAAUCCAAAUUGAAAAAAAAUGAUCAGCCUCAAGUUUCUUCAUUGUGGGGUAAAGCAGCAGUUCUGGCACAGCAAGCCAAGGAUAAGCUGAAAUCUGCUCGCUUUCGAUUCAUCAAUGAGCAGCUGUACACCUGUACUGGGUCGGAGGCCAUGAAGAUGUUUCGAAGUGACCGUACGGCUUUUAAUGUGUAUCAUGAAGGUUAUGAGAAGCAAGUGAGCAAAUGGCCUGUCAACCCGGUGGACACGAUCAUUCGGCAGAUCAAAGAUAAGUAAGAAAUCUUCACCUUUGACCCAUAUUUGUCAUAGUUUAACUGUUUUAGUACCCUAUCUUGCAUAAGAUUUACAGAUAUAUUUUCUAAUUUUAAGCAAUUUCUUUGUGCUUAAUAAUAACCAGAUAUCCCUCCAACAUGCCAGUCAAUUAAGUUUCUGAACUCAUUUACAUUUUUUAGUUAUUUCUUGCGUUGUCCCUACUCUAAAAAAGGCUGUUAGCAGAAACAUUCUCGUUUAUUUUCCAGUCUUUUCAUUUCAAGCUUUAACAUGUCUGGUACUUUGUUCAACUAUUUCCUUAAUAAUGAAUAUUGAAAUUAUGUGUAGGGCAGUUUUUUUUUUACAACAAACAUUUGACCAUCUUAAUAAGCAGAAUUUAAUAAGCUGUGUAAAGCAUCCAUCAUAUUAAUAAUGCUUACAUACAGGCCUCGUAACUUGGUGGUGGCAGACUUUGGUUGUGGUGAUGCCAAAAUAGCACUGAGCAUUCCACAGAAGGUGCACUCAUUUGAUUUGGUUGCUACAAACAGCAGAGUCACUGCAUGUGAUAUGUCUAAGGUAAGAGCUGAAAGUGCCCCUCUUAUCAAUAAUAAUGGCAUGAAUUAUUAUUAUUUUUUUUAAAGUAUCAUUUUAAAAAUAUAUCAAUUGAAGUAGUCCAUUUUGUAAGACUAUACUUUAUGGUCAAAUUGUACAUCAAUAAUACCGGGACUUAAUAAUACAUCCCUUCACUUACCUGUGUAUUCAUAAUAAUAGAUUAAAUAAAACACCUACUCACUCAUCUAUGUAUUAGCUACUGAUGCAAGUUGUUUAUUAUAAUACAAAAAUAAUAAAGUGACAAUAAAUAGAAGCUAUAUGUAUUUUAUAUUUAGCACAUUUUGAAGAAUAAUAGUCUGACCAUUUGUCCUAUUGGGAAGUUACAAUUUUUACUCAUAAGAUCUCUGCUCCUAUCCGUCUAAAACCUUUAACUAGCCGAUUAUUUGAUCUUAUGGCUAAUAAUAAUAUCUUGUUACAGUUUUUUAAAAUUCUCUUUUAACAACAUUUUUAUAAGAAAUUGUGUGAAAUAUAUUUACUCUUUACAUCAUCACCAGACCCCACUGCCCAAUGAGAGUGUGGACAUUUCUGUAUUUUGUCUCUCUUUAAUGGGAACCAACAUAAGUGAUUAUAUUCAUGAGGCCAACCGUGUCCUGAAAAUUGGGUAAGAUAUGUAUUAUGGAACUAAACGACCUAUAGGGAAUAAAAGUACUUAAAAUACAUGUUUUCUUUUGAUUAUUCAUUUCUGAAUAACACAAUGACCUACUGUUUCAAAAAUUUUUUAAUUUUAUCAAAGAAUAAUACAACGCGGAUCUCUGCCUGUUCUUAAUAGUGUACAUUUUUUAAUACAUUUCAGAGGCCUGUUAAAAAUUGCAGAAGUUGUCAGCAGAUUUAGUGGUUUGAGUGAGUUCAUUGGUGGGGUCAGUAAACAUGGCUUCUUGCUCCUGAACAAGGUGAGGACAUCUUUUAUGUUGGGUGAUGCCGUAACAUUACAUUCACAGUAUCCUGUCUUGAUAAUGGCUAGUAACACUUUGCUGGAAACUGUCAAUGGCAUGAUACAUGCCAGGAAUACUGUGCAUGAAAUUAUUCACUAGUUAAUGAUGCACUGAUUAUUUGAUGCUUGUAAAGUACUGUGCUGGAGUGUUAAACAGAAAAUUUAAAUAAUUCAAUUUUCCUGUUGUUUUUUUGCACAUACACAUUUAUCACUACCAGUAUAUACUUCAGCUAAAUAAGGAAAUUAUUGUUGGUAAAUGUGAACAAGUCUGGCUAUAGCAUCAUGUGUUGCCAUAAGAUAGUUUCAGUUGAUGUACUGGUUGUGUCUUUAAUUAGUUGUGUCUUUGAUUGCUGGCAGUGUCUGAUUACUUGUUGUGUUGUUGAUUACUUUUUGUCUUUAAAUACUUGUGUAUUUGAUUACUUAACUUGAUGUGUCUACUUGUGUCUUUGAUUACUUGAUGUGCCUUUGAAAAAUGACUUAUUCUAUUGAAUGACUUCCACAGAGGGACUUGAACCAAAUGUUUUAUAUGAUAGAUUUCAAGAAAGUCAAGUCUGUGAAGAAAACAUCAGCUGGAACCAUUAAGCUUAAACCUUGUGUGUAUAAAAGGAGAUAAUUGUCUUAUGUUGUCUUUGAAUUAUUAAACUUUGUGUUUGUCAGGGGAGAUAAUUAUCUUAUUUUUGCCUUUAGAAGGUUAAACCUUGUGUAAAUAAGGGGAGAUAAUUAUCCAAUGUUGUCUUUGGGGCUAAAACCUUGUGUGAAUAAUAAUUAUUAUAUGUUGUCUUUGGAAGAAGCAUUACAUUAUCAUGAAAGAAAUUUUAAGUCUCUUGUUUGUUGAAUUAUUCUUGUCCUAAAGUUAGUCCAAAGUAUGCAUGGCAAUGAGGACCAUAGGUCAUCAGAUCAGAACGCAGAGGCUUUCUGAUUGGAUUUUAAACCUUUGGGAAGGAUUAGAGGAAGGCUCCCAGUCU